AAACCCAGAGAGACACCUGCCCCAGCCCCAGAGACUGCAGCGCUCCCCUCCUCACACACUCUCCUCCUCCGGGGCUGCCGGGCUGAAGGUCGUACGCAUGGACGCAGACCCCUCUGAAGUUUACCGGCCGGAGGCAGGGGCUGAGCAUGGCAAGCUGAAAACAGACUACAGGAAUUACACGGCCGGGCCACUGCUAGAUCGUGUGUAUAACACCUACCUGCUGAUGCACACGCACCAGACCGUAGACUUUGUCCAGAAGAAGGCCGCAGAGUACGGGGCCUGUGCCCAGCGCCGAAUGAGCAUCAUGGAGGCCUUGGAUUUACUGGACAACGUGGUGGAUGAAUCGGACCCGGACGUGGACUUUCCCAACUCCUACCACGCGUACCAGACCGCCGAGGGCAUCCGCCGGGCCCACCCGGACAAAGACUGGUUCCAGCUGGUCGGGCUGCUGCAUGACAUGGGCAAAAUCCUGGCCCUGGCCGGGGAGCCGCAGUGGGCCGUGGUGGGCGACACGUUCCCCGUGGGCUGCAGGGUCCAGGAGUCUGUCGUCUUCAGCGACUCCACCUUCCACGACAACCCCGACACAAAAAACCCCCUGUACAACACGCAGUACGGGAUCUACCAGCCUCACUGCGGCCUGGCCAACGUGCUGAUGUCCUGGGGCCAUGACGAGUACAUGUACCAAGUCAUGAAAUUCAACAACUUUGCUCUCCCUCAAGAGGCUUUCUACAUGAUCCGCUUCCACUCGUUCUACCCCUGGCACACAGGUGGGGAUUACAUGCACCUGUGCAGCAAUGAGGACCUGCGCAUGCUGGCCUGGGUCAAGGAGUUCAACAAGUUUGAUCUGUACACCAAGUGCGAGGACCUGCCCGACGUGACCCAGCUGAAGCCCUAUUACCAGUCCCUGAUUGACAAGUACUGCCCAGGCCAGCUGUGCUGGUAACCAGCCGAGCAAGCACCUGCCUGCCCCUGCUGCUGCAUCCCCACCCAGUCCCCUACCCUCACCCAGCUGGAUGAGCUCAAUGCGUGAGCACAACAGGAGCCAGCCUCCAGGCCCCGGGGAACAGCCCCCCUCAGGCCUGGCCCUGCAUUCCCCACCAGUCAGCCUGCACGGAGGUCCCCUGAGCCAGUGCAGCUGGGCUGGGCUGCGCUGCUAGGGGAGCCAGUAGCCCCACGCCAGCAAAGGCACAUGCAGGUGGAAGCGGUGAGAUGAGAUGGUUCUGCUCGCUGCCACAUUUCUCAUUCUGUUCCCCACUCCGGCUCGCUGAGGCCCGGGUACUGCAGAAUGGCACAUGGGCAAAGAGCAUGCUGCAGCCACCCCCUCCCAUCUCUGGGCCAGCCAAGCUGCCCCACCCCACGCAACCACUCCCCCCACACAGCACCACUCCAGUUCGCCCCUUACUCUGCCCUUGCACAAGCCCGCAUCGGCAUCAGCAGGAGCAGAAAGGCCCCAGCCCAGCUCAGAGCAUUAGCCCUCUGCAGCCGGGAGAGGGGGUAUGGCAGAUGGUGUGUGAUCACCCUCUCAAGGGGAGUGCCGCUGUGCUGGGGGUC